CUAAAUACCGUUUAAUUCCAAGCAGCAAAUUCGCCACGUAAAAACUACACGCCAACGCCAACGUACGCAAGUAAAGAAAUAGUUUAUUGUAAAUAAAGAAAAACCGAACUAAAGUUUGUGAUACUAGAAAUGCUCAAGCGACAAGCGCCACAACUGCGGAAAUUACAAUGCAUGGCGUGAGGGGCGUUCAAUAUCAGCAGUAAAGACUAUAAUCCAUCAUUGACAGCUACGUUAUGGACGAAAAACUAAAGUAUUCGCUGCUGCGCGGCGAACUUGUGGACACACAAAGUAUUUGGAGCAGGCAUGAAAAACGCGUCUGGUUCAUUACGCUCCUCACGGGCACUUGUAUGCUGUAUUCGACCCGCACGACGAUGCCGCUGCUGGUGCCUGCCGUGGCAGCCGCACAAAAGUGGAGCAAAACCGAUUCCGGCACAGUGCUCAGCUCAUUCUUCUGGGGCUACACGCUGACCCAGGUAAUGGGCGGCUAUUUCAGCGAUCGUUUCGGUGGGCAGCGUGUUAUAUUGUUUGCUGCCCUUGGAUGGUCCAUCAUCACAUUUCUAAUGCCCACGAUUAUCUGGUCGGCGGCGUCGGUCAAGAGCUAUACGAUACCGAUCAUUGUGACCAUACGAAUUCUUAACGGUGCACUGCAGGGCGUGCAUUUUCCAAGCAUGAUCAGCUUGACUAGUCAGAAUCUUUGUCAAAGUGAGCGCAGCAGCUUCUUUGGCCUGCUUACCUCGGGCUCGGCCAUGGGGACGCUUUUAACCGGCAUCUUGGGCUCCUUCGUGCUGGACUACUUCGGCUGGUCGUAUGUGUUUCGUGUGAUAGGCUUGAUGGGGUUCGCCUGGGCUCUGGUAUUGCGCUAUUAUGCCAUGGCUGGGGAACGCAAUCGAAUCAUCAAUAUCUCGACACCGGCGCGCCUCUGCAGUAAUAAGGCCCUUACGGAGGCGUCUGUGCCCUGGUUGCGUUUCUUCAGUCGGCUGCCGUUCUGGGCCUGUGUGCUGACGCACGCCUGCGAGAUGAACUGCUUCUUUGUGCUGCUCUCAUGGCUGCCAACAUAUUUCCACGAUGGGUUUCCCCAAGCCAAAGGCUGGGUGGUCAACAUGAUACCCUGGCUGGCAUUGCCGCCGUGCACCUUCUUCGCCAAGUACUUGACCACACGGCUCAUAGCCCGGGAGUGGUCUACGACAACAGUGCGAAAGUUAAUUCAAAGCUGUUGCUUUGCCUCGCAAAACGUGGCGCUGUUUGUGAUGAGCCGCACCACGGACUUCCACACGGCUCUAAUCUGUAUGACCAUCAUCAUUGGCGGCACAGGCUUCCACAACAACGCAGUGACUGUAAAUCCUCAAGACUUGGCGCCCUUGCAUUCCGGCAGCGUCUUUGGCCUGAUGAACACAGUGGGCGCCAUACCUGGCUUCCUUGGCGUGUACCUGGCAGGCCACAUCCUGGAGCUGACGCAGAGCUGGCCAAUGGUCUUUAGUGCGGCGGCUGGCAUUAACUUGAUCGGCUGGCUCAUAUUCCUGGUCUUUGGAUCCGCUGAGGCGAUUGUUUAAUAACUAUUCCAUUACAUUCGCGUGACGACUUCCAUGUGCGGAAUAAUAUUUAUUAAAAUGUGUAGAUAGUUUAAGAUAUCGUAGCUCAAAAUCGAUCAUCAUAACUGAUACUACAGUGCAAAAACCCAAAUUAUGUGACGCAAACUAAUUAUAAGCUCU